AUGAUUAAAAUAAAUGUAUAAGUUAAACAACUCAACAUAGUAGAAUCUAUUUCAAUUUAACCACAUUAAACAGGGUAAAACAUUUUGCAUUAAUUAUUUAACAAAUUGAAUAUUGCUAAAUAGGAUAGAGAUAGUUUACAAAGCACUUUGAAAAUUGAUAAUAUUGUAGCUGAUAUUAAUAAAACUAUUUAAGACCUUGACAUUAAUUCAUACUCAUAAGUGGAUGUUAUUUUAUCAAAAAAUAUAAUAAUUCAAUGUGAUCAUGAAUAUUUAGGAACUAUAAAUUUUGCGACAGAUGCAUAUGAAUCAGUCAACAAGUUUAGAAUUCAUAUUUCUAACUUAAUCAAGAUCAAAUAAUGUGAGGUAUAGAUAAUUAACUCAGAGAACGGGAACUAAUUUGGUUCAGAAUCAUGGGGGAAAUAUGGAGUAUAUUAAAAUAUUAAAGUUUAUAUUCAAAUCAAAAAGCACUAACAAAUAUUGUACAAGGAAUAGAUUAUGGAAAUUACAAUUGACAUCUUUUAACCAAUUGCUACAUUUAUUAAUUAAUUCAAAAACAAUAAGAACAUUGAUGAUGAACUAAUUACUUUAAAAUAUGAUAAGACAAACUUAAAUCCUGAUUUAUUGUAUAUAAACUUAAACAUGCCGACAGACUAACCAUGGGAGGUAGAGUUUCGAUAGGAGUUCAUUUAUAAUAUAGCAUUGUAAGAUCACGACAAUAUAUUGAUCACUUUACCAGGGAGUGUGGAAGUAUUUGAUUUAAUACGCGAGGCUAGACAAAAGUUUAAAAUUGAAAAUAAUAUUCCAUUAACAUUAGAAUACAAACUUAAGAAAGAUCUUCUUGAUAUAAGUAAUACUCUAAAACAAGAAUGCAUUCCCUUAUAUAGUGAAUUGACUCUCAUCAAACAACCUCCUGACAAUAAGAUUAAUAUCUUAUUGCAAAAUGAAUAAUCUAUGAAGCAAUACGAGAGAGUGGCUGUGAAUUCAACCUUAGCUGAUUUGGAUAUCUUUAUAAAUCAUGACAAACACACUGAAACAAUUUAAUAUUUUGUAGAAGAAUAAAUAAAAGAUAGAAAAUUCAAUUUGAAAUAACUAGAUUUGAAAUCAGAAUGCAUUAUUAAGUAUUAGAUAAUAAAAUAAGAUUAACAAUAAGAUUUAUAUUAGGAUUUAAGUAAAGAUUAAUUAUAAAUUAUACACUAAAACUUACAUAUGCCAAGUGAAGAAAUAUCUUAAAUCACAAUCACUUUUCAAAAUAAAUACACUAAAUCGUCUAAAUAAAUUAGAAUUUCCUCUACUUGUGCCAUAAUCGAUGCUUUUUAAGACAUUAUUUAGACUGAAACUCUAAAGGAUUCAAAAUACUAUAAGGCAUAUUUAGGUGAUUAAUUACUUGAUCUUAAAAAGAGAUUUGAUGAAUUAAAUAUUGGUUCAAAUUCCAUCAUAAAUUAUUUCACUGAUUUUGUGAUAUUUCAAGCCUAGGUGUAAGGCCAAACUUUAGAGGCAAUUGUCAAUUAAAACCUACCUAUUUCUUCAAUAGAACAACAAAUUAAAACAUCGAAUAAUCUUAAUCAACAAUUAUAUCUCCAGGAUAUAAAACCUUAAGAUAAAAAUUUGUCAUUGAUUGAAUUCUUAAAGGGAAACAAAACUUUUAAAUUUGAAUUUCAAGUCGAAAAUGUCAUGCAAUCUGAAGAAGAUUAAAUAGAAUUAUGUGUAUAUAUCAAUAGAAUUAAUUGUUGCACUCAUCUUUAUCUGAAAUAGAAUUAAACAGCAAAGUCUAUUUGCCAGAUACUCAAAUCCAGAUUUCAAUCACCAAGAGUUUAAGUACUCCAGUUCUUUGUAGGGGAGUAACAGGUCAAUGAAAAUGAAACUAUCUAUUAAAUUAAUAAGUUAAUUAAUCAAACUCAUUCAAACUUGAUUGUUAAAUUUAAAACUACCUUAACCUUGCAAUUUGUGAAUUAGAGUGGGGUAGGAUAAAUAGUUGAAGCAGAACUAGAGCACACUUUGGAGCGUACUCUAAAAGAUAAAUAGAUAUUUGGGACUAACUUUACUUUUAAUAAUUCUCCCUUAUAAAUAGAUAAAAAUUUAAUAGAUUUGCCUUUAGAAAAUAAUUUCAUAAUAAGGUAUAAAUCUCAAUAAUUACUCUUGAUUUUUUAAAACGCUCGUAGUGGAGCAAUACAAAAGGUAUAAACAGAUUUGGAUGAGAGCUUUGAAAGCAUCAUUAAUAAACUAGGUAUCAAGAUUAAUAGACUUAUAUAUAAGAACUAAGUUUUGAAUUUGACUUCCAUGGUAAAGAGUAUAAACUAUAAUUCUAAUGAGAACAUUAUAUAUGAGGAAUAGCUUUAUUACCAUGAACCAUCUGAAAUCAAAAUUUUAAGGAAAGGUAAAAAUUGA